AUGUUCACUCGUUUCUCCUCCCUCUCCCUCCUCGCAGGUCUCGCGAGCGUCUGCAUCGCCACCCCGGCGUCUAGCGCCGCGCAUCUCGUGCAACGUGACCUCCCACCGGGGCUCCCCGAUGCGUGCUACUGCAGCGGGCCAGGCUGCCAAUACGGGAUCAUCAGUCAACCGUACAAUGUCACGACCUCGAAGAUCUACGCCCCUGACGGUACCGAACAGAAGAACACAGCUUCCCCUGGCGAUACGGUGGUAUUCUCGUGGGAGCCUCUGCCGUGCUUUCCCAAUAACACGCUGGCAGUUGGAAUUGUGGCGCAGGGUUCCAAGGUCGGCUCGCUUUAUUCCGCGGACAACGGCCUCGCCGGACCUGUCCUCUUCAACCUCGGCGGACGGAACGAAUCUGCCAAUGGGACAUACGUGUUCAAUGGUAUUGGGAUGACCCAGGGAGGCCAAUACCAGGCUACGCUCUUUAAAUACAACACUACCACCGGAGCUGCGACCGGAAUCAUAGGCGUCGACUUCACCUGGGAGGCCUAG